UUUCCUUCCCAAUUUAACCCUGAAAUCAUAAAUUAACAUCUCAAAAAUAGUUAUCCUUCGAUCUCUUUCGCAACUGUAAUCUCUUCUUCCUUUGAUAACCCCCGGAAAGAUUUGCGAAGUUCAAACAUGAUGUCGACGGAAUGCAGUAAGGAUGUGAUCCCUGAGCACCCUGUUACUGGUUCUCCCUCUAACAAAAAGAAGCAGGGAAAGGUACCAAAGAAGAUUCACAAGGCCGAGAGGGAGAAGCUGAAACGAGAUCAAUUGAAUGAUCUCUUUCUUGAGCUUGGUCACGUACUUGAACCUCGUCUGGAAAAUAAUGGCAAGGCCUCUGUACUCGGUGCUGCUUCUCGGAUUCUAAGAGAUCUCAUUGUUCAAGUUGAAUCUCUCAGAAAAGAAAAUGUAGCAUUAAUGACAGAGUCUUCCUAUGUAACAGUAGAGAAGAAUGAGCUAAAGGAUGAGAACAUCACCCUUGCAACAGAGAUUGCAAGACUCAACGUUGAGCUCCAAGAGAGACAGCAGUCUGAUCCAAUACCACAGCCACCCGUCACUCCUAUCUAUGUUCUUCCUCCCUUCCAUCAAGACCUCAAAAAUAUGUCAGAGGCGGAAACAGCUCCAACAACAGUGAGGAAACCUCUAGCUAGAUAUCCUACCCCUUCUGACUCUUGGCCGUCGCAGAUCCUUUCAGAAGCAUCAGAGAAGCAACAGCACUGAGGAGGUAGUGAGGAGGGGAUUUGAGUUAGAAGUGUAUACAGGGUAUUGUAGAAAUGGAUAGUGACAAUGAAUGAUGAUGAUGAAAACCUUUUCUUUUUUA